GUGAGCUUCACAACCAGAUGUUCCUAGUCCCUGUCCGUGAGUGUUUGCCUUUGCUUACUUUCUGAUCACGUUUGACUGCUGGUUGUGGAGCUUGUAUUCACAGGUCAAUAUGGCAUCGACCCAGUUUCAACCGGGGGAGGACGGUACCGAAGAGGAGUUUGAACGUGUGUUCUCUUCCGACCUCCCAUUGUCUAACGGUCUUGGACAGCACCUACUACUCAAGUCAUUGUACCGAGACAAAAAGGCCAUCAUCAUAUUUGUGCGCCAUUUUCUCUGCUAUGUGUGCCGUGACUACAUGAAAGAGCUGGCGAGAAUACCCGUCGAUGUCCUGGAGAAGAUUAACGUCCGCUUAGUUGUCAUCGGCUGCUCGCCACACAAGCACAUCAAUCCUCUCAAGGAGGAGCUUGGUUUCAAGCACGACGUGUACUGCGAUGCUGAGCGGGUGGUGUACAGGGGUCUUGGUCUUAACACUACGCUGGCACUGGGAAAGGCAAGCAGUCAGCACGUCACGUCCUCACUGGUCGGCGGGCUGACCAACUUUGUCACCGGCGCCGUUUCAACCGGUCUGCAGGGAGAUGUGCGACAACAGGGCGGCGCAUUCAUCGUGGCACAGGACGGCACGGUUGAGUUUUGGCACCGGGACUCGGGCAGCCUGGAUCAUGCACCCAUUGAUGACCUGCUGGCUCAUGUCGGUGCCCGUCCACUGGCAACAUACAAGUGACAUAAGCAACUCUGGGGAGCUACAGGUACUUCGGAACUAGUUUCAUUGUCUGCUCUUCGUUGGUUUGAUGCCUUGUGUCAACACUUACAUGUACCAGUGACAAUUUUGAAUUCUUUGCUAUCCUUAAUGCAUGUUGAACUAUGUGGCACUGCAAUGCAUGGCGUACAGUGCAUAGUCGAAUACACACUCUAUUAUAUCAUUUGUUUUCUAACAGAUCCUUUCUAACGAUAAUCUACGGUCAUAACAGAGUGUGACAGAGGUAUGGUACUAAUCGAUUUUGACACAGUGCUCUUACCUUCAGACUAAUGAUUCUAUUUCACGUUUUAUACUUGACCUGUUUCACACAGUGGAUACUGAUCGGAGGUCGGGUCAUGACAGUAUUUUUGGUUCUUUGCUCGUCUAAAAGCAGUGCUGUGAACAUCCACUUUAUACGGGAGGACGCAUAUUUUGUACACAUGCAUUUCAUCAUCAAACACCCAACCUAUUGGAGUGUUUCUAUUCGGCGCACACGAAACCUGCAUGCAUGCUGCGUCCACAUGUGCGAAGAAAAGUGGCGACAACGCUCAACGGUCAGCUACAUUGAAGCCAGGUGCAAUCCUGCUUGGCUUGAUAUUCAGUCGUUGGGACAGAUGGUGGGGUCAGCUAGUAAACAGUCGCCUAACAGAA